GUGUCGAGCAGCCGGGAUACUUCGAAGCUCGGUUACAAUUCCAAUGGAGAUAUGUUCUCCUUCGACAAGCCACGGGAAUUUCAAAUGGCUUUCUUUUUCACAUGAUGCUUCUAGGGUGAAAAAACAUUUUGUCUCCUCCAGCCACUGCUCCAGCACUCUCCUGGCCUCCCCUCCUGGGAGCCAGGGUGCAGCUGCCGUCAAAGGGGACAUGGGGGAUCCUACAACGCCUUCGGCUAUGGUUGGAUAACCAGGCCUGGUGUGGAGUCUUCUGCCUGACAGUUUUUCUUAUGCCAUUGUAACAGAAGUUCCAUCAUCCAACAGUGAGAGGCAGCAAUGCGCCACAAAAGCGCCUAGUCUGCUUCAACUAAAAAAAGAAGAGGAAGAAGAAAUUGAGUCGCUAAAAUGACACGCGAAGUUACGUUAGGCUAUUUUGAAAAGUAGACUGUAAAUGAUCAGGCAUAAGUGAUCAUAUAACUUUGGUAUUUCUAAUAAAUGGACUCUGGUAUAACCAGAGAUUGGCUCUAUCGGCGGAUCUUUUUUCUACUGUUUAUGAUCCAGAAUAGAUCACAAAUAUAGGCGCCUCAUCGAUUUAGGAAUCGUGAAUGAGCACUUCACAACACUGACUAACGUUAUAGCUAUGGCGAAUGUGUCGGAACAGUGUGAGGAAGAUAACUAUUUUGUCCGUGAACUUGAGAAAAAUGACGGUUCAGUUCUUAAAGUGAACCAGUGUCUAAAAGGGGAUGUAGGCCACGUGGUAUGGGAUGCAGCAAUUGUUUUAGGAAAAUAUUUGGAAACAGAGUCAUUUUUAAAUUCAAGUUCAGGGGUUAGUUUUUGGACUUCAAAAAACGUGCUUGAACUGGGAGCAGGCACUGGUAUUGUAGGUCUUGUUGCAGCCACAUUAGGAGCCCAUGUCAUUUUAACUGAUCUGGACGACCUUCAGCAUCUUCUUCAGAAGAACAUCACGGAAAACCAGGCGUUGAUUACAGGGUCUGCCACAGCCAAAGUAUUACGAUGGGGUGAAAACACUACAGAUUUCCUUCCACCUCCUGAUGUUAUUCUGAUGGCAGACUGUAUCUAUUAUGAACAGUCUGUUGGGCCUCUUGUGGAAACCCUUCAAGCCCUAGCUGGAGAGAAGACGUGCAUCGUUUGCUGUUAUGAGCAGCGAACUGAAGGAGUAAACCCUGAAAUAGAGAGGAGGUUCUUUGAGCGGCUACUACAGCAUUUCCAGUCUGAGGAGAUUCCACCAGACAAACAGGAUCCAGAGUUCAACAGUCCUGAGAUUCGCCUCCUCCAUUUACGCCUUAAAUGAAUGUAACUAUGUACUGUAUGUAUGUAAUGCAAAAUAAAGGUAUGUAUGUGUUUCAGUAAGGGAGUGGUGUGCUUGAUUAGGAUGUUGGGGUCACACAAACUAUUACAGAUAAUUAUGUACAUGUCUGUGCAGUAGGGACAUCUCUAUAUGCGAGGGAAACACUUCUUCACCAUAUAUUUAAAGUAGACUAACUGUUAUUUUUUGGUUUGAUUAUAAACUUUCCUUCCAUCAAAUGUUAUAACACCACCAUGAAAUCACAUGAGCUCUUUAAAGCUUUGUGUAUGUAUAACAUUGACCACAUCAAAAUGUGAAUUUAUUUGUUUAGUUUGUUUUUAUUAUGUUAUAGAGGUUCGCUUCUGCAAAACUGUGGCAAUUUGCAUACUUCAAUUAGGGGCUUAGUUAAAUUGUAUAGGCCAUACAACAUCAUCAACAAAUAAGAACAAAACAAAACAAUUUCAAUAAAUGUUGCGGGUCUUCUUUA